GGUGGAAGGUAAGCAUGCGGGGAGGGACGAGGCGCCAGCCCUGCCCUCAUUGUCGCUCCUCAGCUGGAGCGGGGCCUCUGCCGGGCCCCCUGCGGCUCCCUGACUCUCAUGGGGGAAGGCGCGGUCUGGGGGGCGAGGGUGGAGGAGACGCUGGUGCCUGCAGCCCCUCUCUCCCCCCGCCCCGCCCACCCGCAGGCCAGCGAGGACAAGGUGAAGCAGCUGGUGACGGAGAUCGGCUGGGAGAUCCAGCAGCUCAGCAUGGCCGGCUGCUACUGGCUGUCGGGCAGCACGCUGGAGCACGUGGCCCGCUGCCGCGGCCUGGUGAAGGUGAACCUCUCGGGCUGCCACCUGACCUCCCUGCGCCUCUCCAAGGUUCUGUCGGCCCUGCAGUGCCUGCGCUCCCUGGCCAUCGACGUGAGCCCCGGCUUCGACGCCAGCCAGCUGAGCGGCGAGUGCAAGGCCACGCUGAGCCGUGUGCGGGAGCUCAAGCAGACACUGUACACACCCUCGUACGGCGUGGUGCCCUGCUGCACCAGCCUCGAGAAGCUGCUGCUGUACUUCGAGAUCCUGGACCGCACGCGCGAGGGCGCCGUGCUCUCGGGCCAGCUCAUGGUGGGCCAGAGCAACGUGCCGCGCUACCAGCACCUGCGCGUCUUCUACGCCCGCCUGGCCCCCGGCUACAUCAACCAGGAGGUGGUGCGCCUGUACCUGGCUGUGCUCAGCGACCGCACGCCCGAGAACCUGCACGCCUUCCUCAUCUCCGUGCCCGGCAGCUUUGCUGAGAGCGGGGCCACCAAGAACCUCCUGGAGUCCAUGGCCCGCAACGUGGCGCUGGACGCGCUGCAGCUGCCCAAGUCCUGGCUCAACGGCUCGGCCCUCCUGCAGCACAUGAAGUUCAGCAGCCCCUUCUACUUCAGCUUCAGCCGCUGUGCGCUGUCCGGCGGCCACCUGAUCCGGCGCGUCAUCGACGGCGGCAGGGACCUCCGGAGCCUGGCCGGCCUGAACCUCAGCGGCUGUGCGCACUGCCUGGCGCCCGACUCCCUGCUGCGCAAGGCGGAGGACGACAUCGACAGUGGCAUCCUGGAGACGCUGGUGGCGGCCUGCGGCAACCUGCGGCACCUCAACCUCUCGGCUGCCCACCACCACAGCCCCGAGGGCCCCGGCCGGCACCUGUGCCAGCUGCUGGCCCGGCUCUGCCACCUGCGCUCCCUGUCGCUGCCCGUCUGCGCCGUCGCCGACUCGGCGCCGCGGGCCGACCGCGCGCCCGUCCAGCCGGCCACACACGCCGUGCCCCGCGGCUUCGGCAAGAAGGUCCGCAUCGGCGUGCCGUCUGGCCCCGACCCUUUCUCCGGGCAGGCGGGCCCCCUGCCGUGCUCUGUGUUCUGGUCGCUGCUGAAGAGCGUGCCCUUCCUGGACCGCCUCGAGCUGAUCGGGUCCAACUUCUCGUCUGCCAUGCCGCGCAACGAGCCCGCCAUCCGCAACUCGCUCCCCCCCUGCGGCCGGGCGCAGAGCGUGGGGGACUCGGAGGUGGCCGCCAUCGGCCAGCUGGCCUUCCUGCGGCACCUGACGCUGGCCCAGCUGCCCAGCAUCCUGACAGGCUCCGGGCUGGUCAGCAUCGGCCUCCAGUGCCAGCAGCUCCAGUCCCUCUCCCUGGCCCACCUGGGCACGAUGGGCAAGGUGGCCUACACGUCCGCCCUCUCGGACAUGCUGAAGCACUGCAAGCGGCUGAAGGACCUCAGGCUGGAGCAGCCCUACUUCAACGCCAACGCCCAGUUCUUCCAGGCGCUGAGCCAGUGCUCUGCGUUGCAGCGCCUGUGCCUGGUGUCCCGCAGUGGCACCCUGCAGCCCGAGGCCGUGCUGGCCUUCAUGGCGCGCUGCCUGCACGUGGUCGUGUGCCACCUGUUCACCGGCGAGUCGCUCAGCACCUGCCGGAGCCUGCAGCAGUCCCUCCUCCGCAGUUUCCAGGCCGCGCGGCCCGCGCUGAGCGUCGUCAUCUUCCCUCUGCUCCACGAGGGCCUGACCGAUGUCAUCCGAGACGUUCCCAUGGUGCACCUGGACGAGGUCACCUUAUUUAAAAGCAGAGUGGCCGAGGAGCCGCCAAAUCUGUGGUGGUGACAGGAGCGGGCCCCCACCUGCCCAUCGCCGCCUGUGGCCGCUGCGUCUCCGUGGCCGAGGAAGCAGGACUGCCCCGGACAGGCGUGCGGCUUCCGGCCUGUGCCACGGCCGCCGCGGCUGCUCCCCUGCCCGAGGACCCCGGAUCCCCGGUGGGUCACCGGAGGGAGGAAGCCCCCUCCCCAGCCCUUAGGGGCCUCCUCUUGUGAGGAGUCUGUGCUCAGUGACGUGCUGGCUGAGAUGUGCGAGGCAGCGGCGGCGGCAGGGCCGGCUGUCGGGCGACCUGCGGGCCUGGCCGGCGUGGUCUUAGGCUGAGACACGCAUCGCCAGGGCGCUGGCUCCUGGUCCCCAGAGCGCCAUGUGACCCCACGGCUGCCCCCCAGCCCCCAGGAGAGGCCCUGUGCUCCUGUGCUCGUCACCUGCCUCGGGCUCUGUGGAGGGGCGGCUGUGAGCCCAGGGCGGGAGGAGCUUGCAGGUGCUGUGGCAGAUUUGGGGCUCUCCCCUCCUUCCGUUUGACCCAGUUACACCUCUGGUAUGCGUCCAGCCACAUGACAUCAGACAGGUUCGGACUAGCAGCGGGUUGCUGGGCAGGGAAGCUGCAGGUCCCUGUGAAGGUCUGUGUUUCUGGGGAAACACGGAUAGACCUGCUUCAUUAGAAAACCUUGAAAUAUUAAAACCCAGAAGGGAUGUGCGGGGCUGGAGAAGUGAUCACAUUACCCCGUUUCAGAUAGCUUUAUUUAGCACUUUAAAAAAAUGCAACGCAGCUCUUCCCAAAACGAGGGGUGUCCUCCCAGUGUCCUGGGCCUCCCGCCACGUGCCGCCCGGUGCUUCUGCCUUGUCAGCCACGAGACCCCCCCCAGAGCCGUCAUCCCUGCGGCUGGCGGGCUUCUGAGGGGCCCCGGCUGGGUUCCCUCCACCCAGCGUCGCUACUGGAGACGUCCAGGGAAGGCUGGGCCCACCUUGCCCCGGCCUCCCUCUCCCUCGGGGUUGGGGGUGCAGGUUCCCCAGGCCCUCGUCACCGCUGCGGCCCAUCUCGGCUGCCGUCCGCUCUGUGGCCCCCAGCCCAGCCUUCUUCCCACUCCGUUCCGUGUGAUGGUCGCCCCCGUGUCGUGUAGCGUGUCCUGUAGUUUGCCUGUUGCAGGGCCCGGUACCUGGACCCUGGGCCUGUGUUCGCCUGCCCUUCCCUGGGUUCUCAAGGGGCAGACAGUUCAGCAGCCCCGCCCUGCCAGGCCGAGGGGGUCCAGGAGGCCUUCCGAUGGUGGAAGUGCUCGGAGGGCCAGGGUCUCGGGACGCACACAGGCCCCCGAGUGCUCCGGUUGAUUCUUCCUAAGCGCAGUCUGUCUGGCGGCCUCCACCAGUCCCCACGGCCCUGGCCCUGCUCUCACCUCCCCGCAGCACCCACCGGCUGGAGCUGGGGCUCCUCCCCCUGAGCUGUGGUUUUCUUGCCCAGGGUGCAGUUGUCUCCUCUCUGGAGCGUGGGGUGCCCUCCUCCCUCCCCAGCUGCCGCUGGCGGCUCUUCGCCUCCUGCCCAGAGGGACCGGCCUGCCGGCUGCCCCCAGAUGGGACCCCCACCAGACCUGCAGCCCUCCCCUCCGCAGUCCUGACCUGGCCCGAGAGUCACAACCGGGCCCGCUCCUCUGGCCAUGCAGGCCGCAGGCCAGGCAGCCCUGGGCCCUGGAGAGACAGGGCCCAGGCCCUCGUUAGGGCCACACGCUGUAGAUGAGGGUCUGAGAAGUGGUGGGAGUCCCCCACCCCAUUUCUGGGCAUGUCUUUCAGUUGCGCCUUGAGACCACCGGGAGGGUGAUCAGGGAGGGUGAUGUGGGGACUGGCUGCUCAUUGCCCUCUCAGCAGGAGCGUGGCCAGUUACAGCCCGACCGGCAGGGCCACGCGGCCCGGGGUGGCGGCAGGCGGUCUGGCCGACCCCGGGACCCUGGGGCCCUGGUACACAUCUCCUUUUGUCCAGAGCGACCCGGGCUCAGGCCAGAGGAUGAUCGUUCCACUAAGAAUUUAUCCACAGGCUGCCACGGCUUUCGUGCUCUGGCCCGGAUGGCCUGCUCUCGUGAGCAAGCAGUUUUAACCAGCAGUGUCAUUUAUGCCAGCAAACAGGGCUGGGAGGGGCCGUUCACGAGAGGCUGGGGCACGAGCUGACUUGGAAAGCAGCCCCCAGACAGGAGGCCUUGUAUUUUUAGUGUCCCCCUCAACCAUCCUUUACUUAGAGCAAGAAUUUCCGCUGCUUCUACACCCAAGGCAGGAUUCAGCAGAUGUUACUAAUGGGCUUGUUCUCGCGAAGUGCUAUUUUGGCACUUCUGCAGCAUUUUAUGCUGGGAAAAGAACCCACCCUAAUGGUCCCCAAUUGGCAGAACUGGGCUGUUAAGCGACGGACCAUAUGCUGUCUGCUGAGAGGGGCCUGGUCAGCACUGGUGCCUGCGUGUGUGUGUGUGUGCGUACGUGUGUGCGUACGUGUGUGCGUGUGCACGUGUGUGCGUACGUGUGUGCGUGUGCACGGUGCGUGCAUGGGUGUCUGUGCGCCUACACGUGUGAGUGUAGUCUGCUGUGGACGGGCUCUUGUUCCUGGUGUGCACGUGUGUGUGUGCACGUGUGUGUGUGCACGCUGUGUGUGCACGCUGUGUGCGUGAGGCAGACGCUGGGGGAGGUGGGAAUGAGGGAGGAGGGCAUCAGGGAGAUCUCUCUGUUAAAAAGAGAAACCCCCGGCCUCCUGAGGCCGCCCCUCUGCCUGUGCCCCUCCUCACCCCUAGACCCCUCGGCCCUGCCUGCUCCCAGGGCUGUGGCUUGGCCGCCGCAGCAUCGGGCAGCCUAGCUGGCCGGGCCUGAAGGUGCUCCCCCAGGGAGGCUUCUUGAGCCUGAGGAGAGCAGAGACCCGCAGGCCCCCUUCCCUGCUGUCGGUGGCUUUUCUCUUUGUCACAUGCGAGUGUUUUUAUUUCCGACCGGAGGGGGCUGGAUUAAGGGCACUUCGCUGUCACACAACAAGGGGACGGAUGGCAUCCCCACCUGGCAGCUGCCCUUCCGAGGACACAAGGAGACAGGUCCAAGGGUCCCUCCUCCGCAAGGCCUCCGAGGGCCUCUCCACUCAGGCCUGGGAUGACGCCCCUCCUUGGGCAGGUGUGCAGGGCUGGGUGCUGAGGGUGACACUCCCUUAACCCCCUGCACCAGGAUCCAGAGCUGCAGACCGCUCGGCCCAGGGGGCAGAAGCUUGCCAGGGGCCAGGGCUGGGAAAGUUGGGCUGGGGGAACCGGGGCACCCGGGUCCCUGUUGGCCGGGGGAUCUGAAGCCAGCAGUCGCAGCCUUACUGCGUCAGUGGCCUCCCUGGGUGCACGGCCAGGAAGGCGUCGGGUCUCAGGCCCCCUCCCCCACCCGGCCCCGCCUGGCAGGAGGGGACCUGCCCUGAUGGGCCCACCCUCGCGCUCUCCUCUGAGUGGCACCGGGGCAGCCGGCAGCCUCCUGUCGUUCUCACUGUUUGUUCCUUUAGGGUUUGAAAAUUGCUGAGACCCUGUGGGAAGCAGUAAGAGAAGUUCGUGGGUGAGGAUGUUGCAGCGCGGCCGUGGCAGAGGCUCCCACGGCUUCAGCCACAAGACCCGAGGUGAGGGGGACGUGGACGCUGACACCUGUGGCCCUUGUGGCCUCAGGCCCAGUCCCCCUCCCCGCCUGACAGGAUAGGGGCGGGGCGGUGCCGAGGGGCUCGGGGGAUGGUCGCCCAUCUUGUCUGCAUCUAGGGCGCAGGAUUCCACUGGGCGUGAUGAGCAGAUACCCGCAGGAAUUCAAACAAACUGCGGGUCCGACAGGCCAACCAACAUCGUCUAAAUUACUUUCUAAAGCUCCUUCAAAAGCCAGUGAAGUGUGAGGUUUUGCACUGAUGUCACGGGGUCAGGGCACCCACUGCACCAGACUCCAAGCCGGCCGGCCCCGGAGGCCUCCCCGCUGUGCCCACUGCGCUGGCGGGGGGCGCGAGAGGUGAGGGGGCUUUUGCACGUGUGGCCGUGGGCACGUGGCACCCCGCGGCCACCGGCGGCGCUCAGCCCCGGGCCGGGCCCGCUGCCCUCUGACCGUCGCCCGUCUGCCCGCGCCUCUGACCGGACAGUCUCGCUCAGCACGUUACCAAUGGUAAGAGGGGUGUGGUGAGUUGCCAGGGUUUCUCACGGCAAGUGUGUGACCAGGUGCUACACGACCGAAUACACUACACGUCACCUGCCUUUUGAUGGCCGACCUCCUUGUCCUCGGGUGAGGCCACUCCUGAAUUUCGCGUUCCAGCUACAUUUUGAAUGGGUAUUUUCAUGUAAAUUUGUGGCAUGCGAAAAGUUUCAAAUAAAGUGGACUUGAUUGAGAAAACCUGUGUGGUCCUUCCAGCAGGGGGCGCCCUGACCUUUCCUCUGCGACCCCCUCUGCAGCCCCGGAGGGCGAGCUUAGGCGGUGGCGCUCCGGUCACCCGCUGCCGUUCAGGUGUUGAGGACAGAGUCUGUGCUUGGCCGCUUGGGGGUCCCUGGAUGGAGACGUGAGACCCAACGCGGGGCACCAGGCGCUGCCAGGGGCCGUCAGGAGGCGACUGCUGUGAGGACGGGCGAGGCCAGGAUGGGGCUGGCGGGCGGGGGGCAGGGACACUGGUGUGGCCCGAGGCUGCUCCCCGCACAAGGGCUCCGUGAGGCUGGCAGAGGCGGAGUCGGCACAGCCGG